UUAUAUCUUUCCAAAACAGAUAACAGGAAGCUAGAUAUUUAAGAAGCAUCAUAAUCUGUUUGUUCGAUAGAAUCUUUGAUUCUAUUAGUUGUAUGUUUUUAGUGACUCCUUAUGGCCAGCUUCCUAUGCUCGUAGCUGAUAGAAGGAAGGUUGCUCAGUCUACAGCUAUUUGCCGUUACUUAGCCAAACAAUAUGACUUAGCUGGAAAGACUGACUGGGCAGAUCUUCAUAUUGAUGCCACUGUUGAUACUAUUCAUGAUAUUCGUCAUAAAAUUGCCGCCUUCCACUAUGAGGAGGACGAGAAGGUCAAAGCUGCAAAACGCAAGGCUGCUGAAGAGACGCUGCUGUUCAUUUUAGAACGUUUGGACCAGCAAGUGAAGGAAAAUGACGGCUACUUCUACGAUGGUACUCUCUCUUGGGCUGAUUUAACAUUCGUUGCUCUGCUCGAUUAUUUGAACUUUAUGUACAAGUCUGAUCUGAUCGAGAAUUACGAGAAUCUGAAGCUGCUGGAGAAAAAGGUCCUCCUUCUGCCCAAGAUCAAAAACUGGAUUGAGAGACGCCCAGUUAGCGAAUUCUAAACUUCACGAUUGCUUAUGGUUUUAUAAGCGUUUAAAGAUUGCGGUCUUAGUGUGUUGAGAGAAUGAAGAACGAAUCGUGUUGAUGGAAGUUUGUACGGAAUAUACUGAUUGCUUUUAACAUUCAUUAGUUCCAGUUAUUACCGAUAUUUUUGUCAUUUAGUUAGGGUUUUCCCUUUAGAUUACGUUGUGAUAGAGAACUAUUAUUUGUGUAUUCCUACAGAAACAUACGAACUAUAUAAACUGUUGACACGAUGUUGUGCUUUUGUAUUAUAGAGAUAAUAAUAAAACCAUCAAACAAUCAUUAA